AUGGGCGCCGGUGACAGCCCCAAGGACGAGCAUCCUGAGAAGACCCAGCAGAAGAGCAGCCCCAAACAAAGCCCAACGCGCAGCCCUCCAAAUCAUCCACCCGACGCCGAUGCUCCCAUCUUGAUCCCGGGCGAGGACGCGAUGGCGGCCGCUCCUGCCCUACUUGAACCCGAUGUACGAGCUUCUUCCACCUCGAUCAGCUUUGUUCCAGCCAGCUAUGGAUGGGCGGUGGACUCGGAAUCAGACAGAGACCAGCUUUUUGACGAUGCAGAUUCCGCUUUUGAUAGUACACACUCAUCGACGACGUCAAUCAGCGAGGCCAUGAUUGAGCAGGUCAAGGAACAUGGCCGCCAGUACAAAGGCUACCUAGGAGCAAACAAACGCCUUGCCAUUGCCCCCAUCAAGAACCCUCGUCGCGCAAUGGACGUGGGUUGUGGCACGGCCGAUGCGUAUCCUGGAACAGAUGUCGUGGGCGUUGACAUUGCACCAACACAACCAAAUAUGACACCUCCGAAUCUACGUUUCGAGCUCGACGAUCUAGAACGCGAAUGGACCUUUACCAGCAAGUUCGACUACAUCCACAGCCAGUUGAUGAUUGGCGCCUUUCAAGAUUGGCCAAAUUUCUUCAAACAGAGCUUCGAGAACCUGGAAGAGGGCGGAUACCUCGAAGUGGCCGAUAUCGACUUCGUGAUCAAAUGCGACGACAACACCCUCGAGAAAGAGUCAGCCCUCAACGUCUGGCAUGAGAAAAUGCACGAGGGCGCCACCCUCGCGGGCUUCCCCCUCGACGCGAUCAGCAAAGUCCCCGACAUGAUGCGCGACGCAGGCUUCGCCGACGUCGUCGCAAUCCCAUUCCCAUGGCCCAUCAACACCUGGCCCAGGGACCCGAAGCACAAGGAAGUUGGCAGAUGGGCGAUGGAAAACUUCACCAUGGGCUGCGAGUCGAUGAGCCAGGCGCUGUUCACGCGGGCGCUGGGGUGGUCAAUUGACGAGCUGCGAGUCUUUAUGACCCAGGUCCGCCAAGAUUUGAAGAACAGGAGAAUACACGCAUAUUGGAACUUCUGGAUCGUAUAUGGUCGGAAGCCGGGCCACGGUUCUGGUUAG